AUGGUUGUCACUCCAUUGAGCGGGAGAGCGAAAUUUGACGAAGUUAUCAAUAGCGGGGACGUUGUCAUCAUCGACUUUUGGGCAACUUGGUGCGGGCCUUGCAGAGUGAUCUCACCUAUUUUCGAAAAGCUGUCGGAGGAAGUUCGAGGCCCGAAAUUCUACAAGGUGGACGUUGAUGAGGAGCAGGAAAUCGCCGAGGAAGUUGGAAUUAAAGCUAUGCCGAUUUUUAUGGCAUUCAAAGACGGACAGCAGAUCGACCAUCUGAUCGGUGCCACGCCUCAAAAACUAGAGUCACUGGUCAAAGAAGCUGCAACCCACUAG